AUGGGAGAACUCAUCUCCAAGGAUGAGAAGUAUCCAAUUCAGAGACCUCUUCUGAUUCCAGCUCAAGCUCCAAACUCUGAGAUUCCAGUACACACUGUAGCUGCUUCUCCUCAAAAGCAGAAAAGAAGAAGACUGGUUGCAGCCUAUGACUAUGAUGAUCUUGAACCUGCACAUGCCGUAAACUCUGAACCUAUUCCUACAACAGACUCUGAACCUGUUCAAGCCAGUACUCAAAAGCCAGCUAGAUUUAAAAGAAGGGCUCACAAGCCUGCAAGGGCAAGCACCAUCUACCACACUACCAGAACCUUCUCAAGCUCUGAUGCUCCAGAAAACUACAAGUCUGAUGUAGUUGAUGAAUCUGACAAAGUAGCUUUGGAAGCUCUGCAGUCUCUUGCUAAGGCUGGUGAAGAGCCUAGCAAAUCACAGUCUCAAACUCAAGAACAAUCUGCUCAAGAUACUGUUGAGAAAGUUGCUGAUCCUCCAUCUGAUAAUGAUGAGGAUGAUGAAAGUUCAGAUGAUGACAAUGAUGACAAUGAUAAUGAAGUUCCUCAGUCACAUCUACAACAGAAGUGGGAGUCUACCAGCCAAUAUCAUGACAGGCUGCAAACUCUGAAUACAAACUCUGAGCCACUUCCCAGGGAUCUUCAGAUAUAUAUCAAUCCAAAUCAAACAAGAAGCAAGGAUAUGGGGCCUGCUUUAUCGGAAACAAGGUGA